AUGGCGGAAAGGCCUGGUGGGGAGCCUGCCCUGCUCAAGCUGCCAGGAAACAGAGCAGAGAUGAGGCCCAGGAGCGGAGCUUUUUGGGUGGCCUUGUGGCUGUGGGUCCUGUGGACACUGGGUGUGGCGUCGGACUCCAGGGGGACAGUGCCCAGGCGCUGCCUGCUGUCGCACUACCGCUUUCUGGACCCGAGGGCGCUGGCGGCGGUCAAGGCGCUGAGGGACAGCUACGAGGAAGAGACCCUGAGCUGGAGGCCACGCAACUGCUCCUUCCGCCUCCAGCUGAUCCCGCAGGGCUCCAGGAGGAAGUCCCCCAGGCCACCGCGGAGGCAUCACAAACCGCGCAGAGCUGACUCGCCUGGCUGCCAUGAAGCCUCUGUCAUCUUCAACCUGCUGCGCCUGCUCACGCGGGACCUCAGGCUGGUGGCGCACUCGGGACCCUGUGUCUGACCUGCUGGGCUUCGCGGGCAUCCCAACUCCAUGCCAUUGGCGGCUGGACCCUGGACCAUGUGUGUCUCCUGGACAGUGGACGAUGAGGCUCCAGACAGUCUUCGAACACUGGCUGCACCUGGCUCCACCUGUACAGGUGCAAGAAGAGCCUCACUCUUCCCAGAGAGAGGACUCAGGUCCCUGUGGUGCUGGGAGCUCCUCCAGGGCCAAUGCAACAAAACAGCCUUGAGCCUUGCUCAGACCCUCGUGACCCUGACGCUGGGGUUGCCAGGAAUCUCAACCUUCUUCAGGAAUCAUGUCCCUUGAUUGGCACUCUGGAUGGCCGCCUUGAGACUCUGUGAAUCCAUGAGGAUCCCAUCAGCAUCCAAACAGCCCGUUCCCUAAGGGACUUAGGGAGUGAAGGGCACAGGGUCCUGGA